UGGAGCCUCUCUCGUGACUGCCCUGCUGUCCGUCCCAGGACGCGCCGGCGCCCCGCCAGCUGCGGCCCGGGGCUCAGUGCCCCCAGCCCUUUAGCAGGAGGUUUUGCGCUGCCCGAGGGCCGAAGGUGCGCGUGACUGUCGCCUAGGGUGUAAGGGGUGUGCAUCCGGCAGCCGAGGGCGCAGAGCCGGGACGUCUUGCCCUCGGGGCCACUGCUCGCGCCUACUCCGUGUCGUCGCGAACGCCGUCCCCCCCGGGAGGCGCCCCGCGACCCGCGCGAUGAGUGCCAAUGAGGACCAGGAGAUGGAACUGGAGGCACUGCGUUCCAUAUAUGAAGGGGAUGAGAGCUUCCGGGAACUGAGUCCGGUUUCGUUCCAGUAUAGGAUAGGUGAAAACGGUGAUCCCAAAGCCUUCUUAAUAGAGAUUUCCUGGACAGACACGUAUCCCCAGACGCCUCCGAUCAUAUCUAUGAACGCCUUUUUCAACAACACCAUAUCCUCGGCCGUGAAGCAGAGCAUCGUGGCCAAGCUGCAGGAGGCCGUGGAGGUGAACCUGGGCACCGCCAUGACCUACACGCUGUUCGAGUACGCCAAGGACCACCGCGAGCAGUUCAUGGAGCACCACCGCCCCGCCGCGCCCGCCCCGACAUCCAUAAGUAAUAUCAUCUCGGUUGAAACUCCUAACGCAGCCCCGUCAAGUAAGAAAAAAGACAAACGAGAACAACUUUCCAAAGCCCAGAAACGGAAGCUGGCCGAUAAAACAGAUCACAAAGGAGAGCGCCCUCGAGGAUGGAACUGGGUGGACGUGGUGAAGCAUUUGAGCAAGACCGGCUCCAAAGACGACGAGUAGCCCUGGGGAUCCGAACCAGGGACGAGCGGCCGUCGGAAGGAGACGGGAUUCGCAGUCCACGGGGCUCACGGUGUUUCGUCACCUGUUUCCCGUCGUGAGGUGGCUUUUUAUAAAACAACUUUUUUGUAUGUUUCUUACGUAAAAAUGUUUUAAGCUGAACGCUCAUGAAGAGAUUUGGUUGUAUUAAAUUAUUUUCACAAACUUGCCUUAAUAAAAGGUGAAAUGUUCCUCUUCGGUGUACUUGGGAAGCCUUUGGAGCUUUGUCAGUGGACACAUACGGAGGGUAAUUAAUCAGUGUUAAUUCGUGUGAUCUGGUUCUAGCGGAUGGGAGCAUCUUUCUGAAGUCUGGAGCCCUUUUCAAAAACCCCCUGCCCCGGGGGGACAGAGCACGAGUGAACAGCUACCCCACAGCGCAGUCCGCACUAACGGGCUCCUCGUCCUGGGUGUUCAUCUCCUUUCCCUAAUCACUGAGCACCAGAUGCCUCAGAGAAGUUCAGAUACUGGUAUUUGAGCUUUACCCGUCAUACUCUUCCUAGCUCCUUUCUUCACUUUUCCAGGGUGAGCGGCUUCUCUUUAAUAAACGGGUACUUGUGUGUGCUCUCCCCUCGGUGUGGGUCACACUGUGAUCGGGACCGCUGUCCGUGGCGCGUGGACGGGGGCACUGGGAGGAGACACCUCCGGCGGGCACACUGGAGGACCCCUGAGCAGGAGCUCCGGUUCCUGCUGGAAACCACCCUGCCCUGCAGGUGCCGAGAUGGGAGGAAAAGAUGCCUUACUGCUUCAUCUUUGUGCUGUCGGAGACGGCGGUUUUAAUAAAUUUCUGUUUACCUGCUACUGUGUAUGUUUAGUCGUCUGGUAACCGAGGUCUUCUAAACGAUUUGACAUCGACCCACAUUUUAAGUUUUGCUGCUUUUCGAGUAUACAGCUCACCCCAAGCAUCUUUGUGAUAACAGACAGAAGGUUCCAGAUGCUGAGCUGUGGCGCAUGCAGGAUGUUUUUAAAGUCAUCAGUAGGGGAAACGCUCGGUGCCAUUUUCCCAGGGGGUCCUUGGCGUCUCCUCGCAAUUCACGGCGACUCUGCGCCUGCUCCCAGCUUCCAGCACAGGCAGCGUCACCUCUGUGACAUCCGACAGGGGACUCGGUGGGGGUGGCAUCUCCUCAGUUCCGCCCGUGCAGCUUGCCGGGCUCAGCCUGGGAGCGGUGGGGCUGUGUUCUCAGCCUCCGCCGGGUCGGCAGUGCCUGCACUGAAGUCUUUCGAACUGGAAAGUCGGUGUAAUUAUGGUGAAGAAGUGUAUUCUCGUUUCCACCAGCAGGAUUGCAUUUUCUUUCUUAAAAUGACACGA